CCCCCCACCCAGCAUGGGGGACCCUGCCCAGCCCGCACGUCCUCCAUCCUGAGGGUGCCUGUUCCUUCCCCCAGGGCCGGCUGCAUCUCAGUGCAUGGGGUCACUGCAGUCCACGGGUCUUUGUACCGCUAGGCUGCAACGGCCAGACCCCUUCGGUCUCAGUGCACGCCCUAAAAGCCGCGGUCAGUCACCAAACCCCACCUGUACCCGGCACUGAUCCUGCGCAUCCCACGGCACUGCUCCCUGAAACAGCUGGCCUGGGCUUUGCCUCCCAAACUAACCCCUUUCCCCAGGCCGUCCCUGGGAGAGGGGCAGCAGGGGUUGAAACACUGAGCCACCCCGCCUCUCCCCCAGUAUCGCCCCUGUCUGACGUGUUGGCCUUGCACUUGCGCUUGCACAGGUGACCACGGACCUGCUGUCGCGGGGGGGCAAGGACAUCGCCUUCGCCAGCUACGGCCCCCUGUGGAAGUUCCAGCGCAAGCUGGUGCACGCGGCCCUCUCCAUGUUCGGGGAGGGCUCGCUCGCCCUCGAGAAGAUCAUCUGCCGAGAGGCCGCAUCCCUGUGUGAGACACUCAGCGCUGCACAGGAUAUGGCCCUGGAUGUGGCCCCAGAGCUCACACGGGCUGUCACCAAUGUGGUCUGCUCGCUCUGCUUCAACUCCUCAUACCAGCGUGGGGAUCCUGAGUUCGAGGCCAUGCUGGAAUACAGCCAGGGCAUCGUAGACACCGUGGCCAAGGAGAGUUUGGUGGACAUCUUCCCCUGGCUCCAGAUCUUCCCCAAUAAGGACUUGGCCCUCCUCAAGAAAUGCCUCAAGGUCAGGGACCAGCUGCUCCAGCAGAAGUUUGCUGAACACAAGGAAGCCUUCUGCAGGGACGCCGUGAGGGACCUCAUGGAUGCCCUCCUGCAAGUGAGGCUCAGCGCUGAGAACAGCAGCCCCUCGGCACUGGGGAUGGCGCUGACAGACGACCACCUGCUCAUGACGGUGGGGGACAUCUUUGGGGCUGGCGUGGAGACCACCACGACUGUGCUCAAAUGGGCUGUGCUCUACUUGCUCCACUACCCUGAGGUCCAGAGAAAGAUCCAGGAGGAGAUGGACCAGAAAAUUGGCCUGGCACGUCACCCCCACCUCAGCGACCGCCCGCUGCUGCCCUACCUGGAGGCCACCAUCAGUGAAGUGCUGCGCAUCCGGCCCGUGUCCCCCCUGCUCAUCCCACACGUGUCCCUUGCUGACACCAGCAUCGGGGAAUACUCCAUCCCCAAGGGCACCAGGGUCGUCAUCAACCUCUGGUCCGUGCACCACGAUGAGAAGGAGUGGGACAAGCCCGAGGAGUUCAACCCCGGCCGCUUCCUGGACGAGCAGGGCCAGCACAUCCACUCGCCUUCGCCCAGCUACCUGCCCUUUGGGGCUGGGAUCCGUGUGUGCCUGGGUGAAGUCCUGGCCAAGAUGGAGCUCUUCCUUUUCCUGGCGUGGGUGCUGCAGAGGUUCACGCUGGAGUGCCCCCAGGACCAGCCCCUGCCCUCGCUGGAGGGCAAGUUUGGCGUCGUGCUGCAGGUGCAGAAGUUUCAGGUGAAGGCCAGCCUGCGGGAGAGCUGGCAGGCGGCCUCGUGACCAGGCCAAGCCCUGGAUCCGGGGUGGCGGGUGGGAUGGGACAGGACAGGUGCAGCGUGGGCACCGUGGAGCCCUGAGUGGGCACCGUGGGACCACGGAAGCUGCAUGCUGCCUGCCCCACAGA